UACGGGGACAUCCAUUAUUUUUACGGGCCACCGACAGACCAGCCACCCCAUCACAGAUUCGACAAGAGCUCAUACGUCUACUUGUUUGAGGAUGCAAAUCAAGGUCGUGCCCGCCUAGAGAUUGCAAACAAUCCGGGUACGGAUGAUCAAGAUGCUUUUGAUGGCUGUAUGCUGCUGCCUUUUCUCUCAACCGCCGAACGCAAGCAGAGCUGACAGGCCGUGCUUGAUCGCCUCAGAUCUCGACCGAGUUCACCUGCGGUAUUCGUACAAGCACACUUGCCUUGUGUCACUGACCGUGGGCGACGUGGAGGGUCAUGACGAGUGGCAUCUGCCGACCUAUGAUCCUCAUAAUCAGAACAAGUACCAUUACAAGCUCCACUCACUUGACAUCUACUUCUGGACUCCUCAAGAUGCGGUGCACUUCGUCAAUGCCAUCAGACGUGUGCUUCCUCCGGCACAAUGCGAGGUGCUGGAUGAGCCAGGACCGCCACCUCGCCAGUCGGCCGAUGUCAGCUCUGUAGUGCAGAAGCUCGAAAAGGCUGCCAUCUCUGACCCCGACUUGGUCCCGACACCCCCUUCAGCGGUGCAGCCCAACAAUACUGCGCUCCCAACCUUCCCCGGUCCCCCUGUCUCAGCAGUUGCCGGCACCGGAAACCCUACGCCCCCUCCUCCUCCUCCUCCUCAGCAAUUUGCGCCUAUAGCUUACAAUCCCGCGGCGCCACCCGCCCCCGAGCAAGUCCGGCACCGCGAGAAGACACCGCCUCCCGAAGACGUCCCCGUAAACCCUCUGCACCAGACACUCGCGAACGACGCUCAGACACCCUUUUCUCCGGGUCUGGUGCCCAGUGGCGUCGGUCCCCUUAGCCCGGGCGUCCCACCUCCUAACCUUCAUCAUCCCCCCGGCGCUCCUUCCUUCCCAGGGCCGCCUCAGCAUAGUGUCACGUCCCCCGGUUUUGCGCCCCAAGGGUUUGGUUAUCUAGGCGGGCACCCGGGAGGCUUGUCGCAGCACCCGCCUGCCCACCCGGGCAUCGCGCGUGCUGCGACGAUGCCAGCCCAUGCGUUUGCAAGCCCGCUGGCAAGUCCGGUGCUGGCGAGUCCUUACGGAGCGGGGACAUUCCCGGGACAUGCGCAGUACGUGCCUGGAGCUGCGCACACGCCGACCCCUCCAACUGGCGGGGUAGCCGUGCCGCCUCCUCCUGGGCAGGGCCCAAGUGAAUAUGCGGUGCACCAGCAGUUCUACGUCCCAGAGAGCCAGUAUAAGCCAAAGCAGGAGGUUAAGGGCAAGCUUGAGGAAGGGGCUGGGAAGUUGGAGAAAGGGGUUACGGGAAUGCUGAAGAGAAUCGAGAAGAGAUUUGGGUAACGGGUUGCGUGGUCAGUUCUGAGUUUGCUGGAACGUCUGUGACUAGACAAGGCGAACAAUGGAGUUUCUAAUUUUGACCAAGACUUGGUUGCCAAAAGACCAGGGACCAGCGCAAAAAGUUAAGACAGCAAACCUUUACUGUGGGUAAUUUGUUUUCCG